CCCCCCCCAAACGCAUUUCCCGGGUCCCGGGCCCCCUGUCGCUCGUUUGGAAGAGCGUGUCAACUUCCAUAGUCUCUUUUCUGGAAACCGGCAAUUCAAGUUUAACCCCUCUUUCCCAGACGAUGCCUGGCACUGCCGUUACUCAUUCAUGGCAAAACGUCCCGGGGGACGUAGCAGCACGUAGUUGCCCACGCGGGUAAAGCAUAGAUAUAGGUUUUCUCCCUUUUACAUCUCGGGUCGCCUUUGUGACUGUUAUCUUCCUCUCUCUCCUGGUCCGGACGAAGAGUCGCCGCUCCAUCUAUUCUUGUGUGCUGAGCAGUUUCCCAGAGCCUUGGCAGACUAUUAGGCUAUUACCUGCCGUACUACGACUGACUACUUGUAAGCCGCGAUGGGCUCUAUUCCGGCCAGUGGCAACUCGCCCUACGAAUUCUUCAACGUGAUCGAUGGGAAACCCCGUCCCGCCGAGGAGUAUCACCAAGUCGUCGAUCCUCGUACGGAGGAGCCGCUCUGGGACGCCCCGGUAGCGAGCUUUCAAGACCUUGAUGAUGCCGUCGACGCCGCUACGCGGGCUUUCAAGACCUGGAAGACCAGCACCAUUGCCGAGCGCCAGAAGGCCAUUCAUAAUGUGGCCCAGUGCAUCCUCAAAAACGCGGAUAUCUUGGCCGAGGUUCAGAUGCGGGAGACCGGCAAGUCUAAGGCGAUGUCGAGGUUCGAUGUUGAGAGAACCGCUCAUCACUUCGAAUACUACACGGACGUGGCGCUCGAGGACGAGGUUCAGUACGAAGACGACAGCGUCCAGAUCGUCGCCACCCAUGUGCCCAUCGGCGUGCUCGGCGCCAUCUCGCCGUGGAACUUCCCGCUGAUCCUGUCGUCCAUCAAGGUGGUCUCGGCGCUAGCGACGGGCAACUGCGUCAUCAUCAAGCCGUCGCCCUUCACGCCGUACUCGCUGCUCAAGUUCUGCGAGCUCGCGCAGUCGGUCCUGCCGCCCGGCGUCUUCCAGGCCCUCAACGGCGGCGCCGAGCUCGGCGAGCAGAUGACCCUGCACCCGGGCAUCCACCACAUCAGCUUCACCGGCACCAUCGCCGUCGGCCAGCGCAUCUUUCAGAACUGCACCCGCACCCUCAAGAAGGUCAUCCUCGAGCUCGCCGGCAACAACGCCUGCAUCGUGUGCGACGACGCCGACCUCGCCAAGGUCGUGCCCCAGGUCGCCAUCGGCUCGCUCUUCCACGCCGGCCAGGUCUGCGUCGCCUCGAAGCGCAUCUACGUGCACGAGUCCCUGUACGACCGCUUCCUCGAGCUGCUCGUCGAGGAGGCCAAGAAGUUCGCCGUCGACGACGACGCCAAGUCCCCCGCCUUCUCCCCGCUGUCCAACCGGGCCAACUUCGACCGCGCCGUCGGCUUCGUCGAGGACUGCAAGAAGAACGGCUACAAGAUCGUCGCCGGCGGCCGGGUCAAGCCCACCGGCAAGGGCUUCUGGAUCGAGCCCACCAUCGUGUCCAAGCCGCCCGACGACUCGCUGCUCGUCCGGGAGGAGCAAUUCGCGCCCAUCGUGCCGGUGCUGUCGUGGGCGUCGGAGGACGACGUGGUGGCGCGGGCGAACCUGGACAACGCGGGGCUGGGGGCGUCGGUGUACACGCCGGACCUGGCGCGGGCGCGGGGCCUCGCGGCCCGGCUCGAGUCGGGCAGCGUCUGGAUCAACCAGUUCGAGCGCCCCCACCAGGCCGGCUUCUUCGGCGGCUGGAAGCUCAGCGGCGUCAACGGCGAGCUCGGCCGCCGCGGCCUCCUCCACUACGCCAACGUCCAGAGCCUGCACAUCGCCAAGGUCUAAUUAUGCCCCCCUUUCUCCCCCCCCCCCCCCCCCAAAACCCACAGACCGUGAAAGGACUCUGGGUGCCCGGCGUCGUAAUGGCGGCGCGGGAGGUCGAGAGCGAGCACCCGAGGAAUGAGAACAAGAGGGUUUUUCCGUAUAUCGCUGGUAGCGAUGCUAGCGAGGCUUUUUCACGACUACGUUUUCCUAGAUACGUACCUAUCCUUUCGCAGCGCAAGACAUCUACACCGUCACUUGUUUGACUGAUCUGUAUCUACUUAGCGUUUCAGACACGUCCCAGAAUGUGAACUAUUACAUCUGCAAAUUUGAGCCAAGUUAUCAAUCGCGUCUCCGCAUGCAGUCACUCACAAAAGC